UCUGCCCUGCCUUUUCACAUAUUUUUAAUAGUGCCAGCCGACUCAAAUGCAAAACACACUCAUAAAUCACAAGUGAGUGUGUGUGCUGAAGUGACUCCCAGUCCUCUGCAGAGUCCUGCAGGGUGUCAGGGGUGGGAACAGAGAGGUAACCAUGGUGCAGAAAGAGCAAACAGGAAGCCAGACACCUCGGAAAAACUGGUCCAGACACACAGCACAAGAAACAAGAUCCACUCGUUCAUGGAAGCAGUAAACUGGGAAUGAGUAAAAAUUGGAAAAUGGAAUAAUUGUACAUGUAAGUAAAGGAUGAUUGUAGCAAACACUGUAGAACCUAUUUUUUUAUAUACUGCAGGUGCUUUUCUGUAAUAGAUUCAUCAAGGUUCGAGCCCUCUAUCAGCUGUGUGAUUGAUGCCUCUCCUAUUCUCUGUCUCUGUGCCUCAUCCUCCAGGGAAUCCCGAUCACAUCACCUGCAUCAUGGCUCAGAAAAACACGUCUGGAGCAAAUUCAAUCCCCAGACUUGUUGUCAAGAUCAUAGGCAGCAAACAAGUCAAGCAGUUUAUUGAGGAGCCACAAGUAGCUCCUGGAGAGACGUCAAAGAAAGAAGAAAAUCCUUCAGUUGACGUAUCUGAUGAUGAUUUCCAGAAAGCUCCAGAAAAUCAAGCUGUGAUGGUGUCCAGGUCUCAGGUGCAGCACAGAGUGGAUUCUGCACUUUGGGCUGUGAUCAACCAGGUUCCUGACAGGCUGUGUGUGACAGCGCCCUCCGGUGAUCGCUCCAAGUCCUACAUUCACCCAAAGACUCCCCACAGCUUUCAUCCCAGAGCAGCUGACAUACUGGAGACAACAGAACAGAAAGGUGCGUCUGCGGACGGAGAUAAGGCCGAGCUCUCUUCGGCUGUCAGAGAGGAGCUGUCGGAUUGGCGGCUCUCCUCUCUGAGAUCAACAGAGGACGAAGUGGCAGCUCUUGAUCUCACCUUCAGUGGAAUUCUGAAUCGAUCCGAGAUCACUCACCGGUUUCUGAAAAAUGACGUUCCACUGAAAUUGCCGACAUUUUCUCUGCUUCUGCAAAUGUUUAGUGAUAAAGAUGAUCCAGUCCAGAUUCAUUACAGAGAUCUCCUGCGGUUCAUAAGCAGUUCUGCGUUUUCUGAGGAGCAACACAAUGACACUUCAGUGUAGCUGAACCAGGACAAAGCUUAUUAACGACGAUUACAUCAUGAAUCUGUGGCAACACGCAGCGAGGAACCAAACUCAUCUGGCCACCGCUCUGCAACACCUCCAAGGACUACAAUUCAUAACAUUGUUGUGGUAGAAAUUAUACAUAAUAUUGUGUAGGAGUGAGAUUUGUUUACCGAUAUAACCUAUAGGAUUAUUACACUUGUAUUCAUUUGACAUGCAUUUUGUCUAAUGCGACUUGCUAUUGUUUUUUCCCUGUGCUGGCCAGCUUAUUGGGAUGCUCAAGGACACUUUUGGUCAAGACUGUUUAUCAACCAUGUAACAAGUUAAGAGUCUCAAUUCAUCUAAUUCACACCUUUUUAAUCAUUUCCAUACUUAUUUCAGUCUUUUAGCACAAUGCCACACAUUGUGCGUGCAUAGAGUAGCCAUGUUUGUCGAGGGUGAAAUCUGCAACACACACCAGGCCGCCGCAUUGCAGAGCAUUUUGGCAUUGCGCGCCAUAAUUGACAACUGUAGGACACACCAGAUGUGUCAUACAGCCUGAAUCUGGGGAGCAAAUGUAGUAAAUGGUAUUGGGAAACGGGACAAUGGUAGCCUGAUUCCAAACCUCUGAAUCACCGUACACAUUUCUGAUUCGUUCAGCGAUUCAAAUAGAUGUGCUGUUGUACUAAUUAAUGAUCGACCAAUCAAAGCUGUGCAGGCUAAAGCAUGGGGAUGUCAUCUUCCUACGUAGCCAGCUUGCUACCUUACUACAUCCAUGCAAAAUGGUGACAGAAUAAUGCCAGCAAGCGUGGAUGACUGUCACAGCUGUGGUGAGCAUAAUUUAAUAACUCCAAUUCAAACAUAAAAAACUUUUACAAAUAUAACCUUCC